GGAGACCGAUUUGUUGUGGUGCCGGAGGGAGCAGGGAGGAGUAGGGAUAGAGAUCUGUCAGGAGGAAGACAGGCGGAACGAAGCGAGUCACACGGGCCCUCGCCUCGACCCUGUGCAAUGUGGCCAUGCAAAGUAGCCAGGGGGAAGGCUUAUAGCAAGUUUGUGAGGGAUAAGACAAAACGUGUGGCUGAGUGAAGGCAGGACACAUAUACUAGGAAGGGCACCAGUCACCAUGGCCAUGUACCUGUGUUGCUUCAGACAGCUGUGUGGCGCGGCACCUCACCCCACAGUGCCCACCCGUACCACGCCCACCAUCAUCUUAGACACGGGAUACAUGGGCCACGAGGUUGUGAUAGUGAAGAACGGUGUGAGAAUCUGUGGAACGGGUGGAGCGCUGGGCAACAUCCCCAUCCUACAGAACAAGGCUUACUUUGAGGUGAAGCUGCAGCAGUCAGGCGUGUGGGGUGUGGGCAUUGCCACGCGCAGCACCAAUCUCAACAAGGUGCCGCUUGGGGAGGAUGCUCAGUCCUGGGUGUUGUGUUCGGAUGGGGCAGUGCGGCACAAUGGAGAGGAGAAGUACAAGAUUGUCGACAUACCACAGGAAGGCGACAUUCUGGGUGUGAGUUACGACCAUGUGGAACUCAAUUUUUACAUCAAUGGCAAGGCGACCAACACACCAGUCACCAGCUUCAAAGGGACUGUCUACCCAGCACUCUAUGUGGAUGACGGGGCAAUUAUGGACGUGACCUUUGAGAACUUCAGCUAUGGACCACCACCGGGUUAUGACUCCAUCAUGGUGGAGAAGUCCCUGCUGGAGAAUGACUAAGAGUGCCCCCCAUGCCUCCACAAACCCCCACCAACCCCCACUGUCAUCACCAUACUAGCUUGAGGAUAAUAAGAAAGCCCCCCAAUGCCUUCACUGACUCCAAAUUCCAUCAUUGUCAUAGUAUCCAUCACUAGUCAUCACCACAACCACCACCACCACUGGUACCAUUUGUCUCAUCCCCUCAUUACAGUGGCAGGGUUCAGGUUCUCGCCUCCUCCUCCUUUGUCACUUCACGUAUCUCAUUAGUGGUGGUGGAGGUUGCUGGUGAGGUCUCUUUUGCCUUCCUCCACCAACUGUUCUAUAAAGUGUCUUGCCCAUUGAUGCCCAGAGUGUGAAGGUGCAUCACCAUUCACCGCCCCCCAUGCUCUCCUGUCUUGCCGCAAACAAAUUGUGCACUCAGGCAGACUUCCUCGUAAGGGAACUGAGGUCUGUAGUAAGAGUCACGAAGGUUAAGUUAAAAGAAAGGUUUGGAUUGUGGCUGUGUUUUCCCAGUGUCCUAGUCCUGGUCUCUGCUUGAGGUGUUUGCGUUGGCAGCACUGGUCAUCAGGCAAACACAACAUGAAAUAGAAGAAUGUGGAAAAGCUCUACUGUAUAUGAUAUAACACAUGAAAAAAUGGGUAGUGUCCCUUAAAAUUUGUGAAACAGUGAAGAGGUAUGGAAAAGCUAUAUUAUACAACACAUAGAUGAAAAUAAAAGCUCCAUUUCUUGAGCACAGAGCUGGUGAAAGAUCAGUAUAAGGUUCCAUAAAGCGCCAGUGAGCACGUGGAUAGAAGAAAGCUCCCCGAAAAUGUUAACCAUCAGAGAGGAAGAAGGAGAAGAAUUUAGUUAGCCACUUGGGCAGACACUUGUUGACAGUCUGAUCCUCUCUGUGAACCAUUAUCUGAAACCUCCACUACUUCCUCAAAAAGCUGUACUUGUUUUUACAGUUCUAGUGAUAGAUUAACAAGAUUUCUACAUCAUCAACUGGAGAAACACUAUGAGAACUCGGUGAAUCAUCUUGAAAAUAGUCGUGGGGAGAGAGUAGAGCAUUUUUUAAUAUGAGCCUGUAAUCCAAGUUGGUGUGUUACGUUACUAACACACCUGUGACUUAACCUUCGUGACUCAACACACUUCAUUCACUGCUGCAGUAUUGUACUAACGAUCUGUGCUUGUUAAGUCUCUGAAUCUCCUACACUUCGGGUACACCUUAUUUAAGCUUGGAAAUUUUUGAGGGCAAGUGAAGUGAGUCGUUCUCUGUAUCUUACUUUGAGCGAAGGUAGUUAAGUUCUGAUUCUACUUACCUAAUCUGUAACGAACAAUCUAGGUCUGAUUCUGACUUGUGUUUCUCAUUGCUAUUUUUUUUAUUAGUUAUUAAGUAAUGAUGUGAUUUCAGUCUGAAUAAUUUUAACAUUACCACUACUGCUAUUCUAUUACUACUACUGCUGUUACUGCUUCUACUACUAUUACUACCAUUAUGAUUGAUAUUAUUGUUGUUGUUGAUGUUGAUGUUGUUUUGUUGUCAUUUUGAGUUGUGUAUAUGCGUACCAGAUGAUUUUUUUUUUGUAUUUUCCCCCAUGGAGAUCUCACAGGGGUGCCAUGAGUGGAUGUGAUUCUCUAUACACACGUGGUGGCAGUGAAUGGACACACGACUAACAGACUAACGUAAUUCAUUCCUGAUGUUUCUUGCAAGGUGUGUUCACUGAUGACCUACUCAUUCUGAUGGGGUCUUACUUCAUAUAUGGAGACACUCUUUCCCUGAAGACAUCUUAUGUGCAGAGUCAGGGAUAAAGUUCCUUCUUUCA